GAUUACUUAAAUUAGCACCAAACCAACGACCGUUUCCACUUCCUCAUACCGCCACCACCGCGCCGCCGACGCGAUGGCUCCCGCCGCCGCCGGCAAAUCCCGCCUUGCCCUCCUCGCCGCCGCCCUCCACCUCCUUCUCCUCCUCUCCGCCGCCCACGCCGGGUUGAGCCUCGACCGCUCGGAUCUCCGGGCCCUCGCCGACGUCCACGCUGCCCUGGGCAUCGCCGACGUGCAGAACCGCUCCGCAGCGACCGCCGCCGCCGGUCCCUGCAAUUCGCGCGGCGUCGUCUGCGAGCGGAGGCUCUCCAGCGACGGUGGCUCCUACGUCCUCAGGAUCACGCGGCUCGUCCUCAAGUCGCGGCGGCUCAAGGGGUCCAUCUCCCCGUCCAUCGGGCGGCUCUCCGAGCUGAAGGAGCUGACUCUGGCCGCCAACGAGCUCGUUGACCGAGUCCCGUCUCAGAUCGCCGAGUGCAAGAAACUGGAGAUCUUGAACCUCAAGAACAAUCGGUUCGCCGGCGAAGUUCCGUCUGAGCUUUCAUCGCUUGUUCAGCUUCGUGUGAUCGAUCUCUCUUCGAAUGAAUUUGCCGGGGAUUUGAGUUUCUUGAAGAAUUUCCCCAACCUGGAGAUUCUUGCUCUGUCGGACAAUCUAUUCACUGGGAAAAUCCCAGCUUCUGUGCGUUCAUUUCGGAACCUUCGGGUGUUCGAUGUUUCUGGGAAUGAUUUUCUUGAAGGCCUUGUGCCAUUCUUGAAAGGAGUUGAUGUCGAGCUCUCUGGUUCUCGUGUUCCAAAACGAUAUGUUCUUGCUGAGAAUUCGAGUCUUACAAGUACACGAGGCAAUGCUUCUGCUUCUGCAAAAGCACCAGCAUCACAAUCUCCGUCGCCGUCAGCAAUACUUCAAAGUCUUCACAAGAAAAACAAGAGGAAAUCGGGUAGGUUGGCGCUUGGGUUUUUGGUAGGAGCACUUGCUGGGAGCAUAUCCGGGUUCGUCUUCUCUCUGCUGUUCAAGGUGAUUGUUGCAGCCAUACGGGGUGCAGGCAAAAAGCCAGGCCCUGUGAUCUUUAGCUCACAAAUCAAGAAAGCAGAGGACUUGGCUUUUCUCGAGAAAGAAGACGGGUUAGCAUCGCUAGAGAUCAUUGGAAGCGGUGGCUGCGGAGAAGUUUACAGGGCUCAGUUACCGGGAAGCGAUGGCAUGGUUAUUGCCAUCAAGAAGAUCAUUCAACCCCCACAAGACGCGACGGAGCUGAACGAAGAAGAUAGCAAGGUUCUGAACAAGAAAAUGCGCCAGAUUCAAUCCGAGAUAAGAACAGUUGGGCAAAUUCGGCACCGGAACCUGCUGCCUUUGUUGGCUCACUUCCCCCGUCCAAACUGCCAUUACCUCGUGUACGAAUUCAUGAAGCAUGGGAGCUUGCAAGAUGUGCUGAAUCAGGUCUCGCAGGGAACCAGAGAGUUAGGUUGGCCUGCAAGGCACAGGAUCGCCGUGGGAGUUGCGUCAGGACUCGAGUACCUUCACAUGGACCACAGCAGGCGGAUAAUCCAUAGAGAUCUCAAGCCUGCGAAUGUUCUUCUAGACGAUGACAUGGAAGCCCGAAUUGCAGAUUUCGGGCUCGCAAAGGCUAUGCCUGACGCGAAGACGCAUAUUUCGACUUCUAACGUAGCCGGGACUGUGGGGUACAUUGCGCCCGAGUAUCACCAGACGCUCAAGUUCACGGAUAAGUGUGAUAUAUAUAGCUUUGGCGUCUUGCUGGGAGUGUUGGUGAUGGGAAAGCUACCAUCAGAUGAAUUCUUCCAGCACACCCCAGAAGUUGGUCCGGUCAAUUGGCUGAGGAAAGUGAUGACUUCGGAUAAUCCAAGCGAGGCCAUCGAUCCGAAGUUGAUUGGCAAUGGAUACGAGGAGCAGAUGCUACUGGUUCUGAAGAUCGCUUGCUUCUGUACACUGGAUGAUCCGAAGCAAAGGCCAAACAGUAAGGAUGUCAGGUGUAUGUUGUCUCAGAUCAAGAAGUGAAGUGUUGUCCGAUGAAUAACGCAUUUCUCAAAAAAUGUAGGUUCAAUUAUGUUAAUGAAGCCACUAAGUUGGCCCUCCAACUCUUGCUUUGUAUUCCGUCUUUGAGAUCAAUCAGCAAUUGUCCGUCGUCUUCGUCAAGGAUAGCAGCGACGAUGGUGCUAUGUACUCUAGUAGUGCAGCAAUUUCACCACCACUUGUACUCUUCCAUCAGAAAAUACCCUCUGCUCAGAGUGGAAAACUUUUUUCUUUCUCGUUA